AAAUAUACAGAAGUCCAGUACUCUUUCUUUCUUCUUUCGUUUUAUCGCUUUUGUUGGGAUCCUCCUUUUCUCCCAAAAAAAAGGAUCGAAAAGGAUCUUUCUACUUCGAAAAGAAAUGGAAUCUGUUGGUGUUUUUGCUGAUGGGGAAUGGGAAUCUUUGAACAGGUUGUUUACUUCCGAAGAGGUUGAGUUCACACCACAUUUUCUUUCCCAGGGAAAUUCAUUCCCUUUCCAGCACAAUGAGGGAAUGGGAUUUGAAACCCGAGAAUCUUUUUACCCCAAUAUUCCUGGAGCUGAAACCUUUUUUCACCAUCCUUCUUCAGAUAGUCCCAAUUCUAAUGUGGACUAUCUUUCUUCUCAAGAGAGUUGUAACUAUGGUGACCAUAAUCAUGGCAUUUUUACUACCAUUUUGAACCAGGAAAAUUGCUACUUUAGUAAUUCUUGCAAUUUCCCAGUGAGUAAUAUUGAUGUCUCUGAAUCCAUGGAUGUUUAUAUGAAUCGUGAUGGGAAGAGUUUCGCCUCCUUCGUCCCGGCUUUUUCUGACAUUGUGAUGCAUGGAAGUGAGUGCAACAAAGAGGAUUCCGGCAGUGAUAGCCAGCCGGCUAUUGUUCCGGUUCCUGAAAAGGAAUUGCAGCUCAAAAGCGUGCAUGAUGCGCCGGAAAAAUCCAGCAAUGACACAUCCGACAACAAUCCGAAGAAGAAGCCUCGUCUAUCGAAAGAUGUAGAAAAAAGUAAGAAAAAUAAUGUAAGGUCAAAGAAGGGGCAAAAGGGUAAUUCAGAUGUGAAAUUCAAAGAUGAAGAAGAGAGGCUGCAGAGCACAAGUUCUUGCACCUCUGAGGGUGAUAAUGGUUCUCUGGAGAUCAAUGGAGGAGAAACUUCAGACCCCAAAGCUUCAUCUACCCUUAACUUGAAUGGGAAGACCAGAGCCAAUAGAGGGUCUGCAACUGAUCCCCAGAGCCUCUAUGCUAGGAAAAGAAGAGAGAGAAUCAAUGAGAGACUAAGAACCCUACAGCAUCUUGUCCCUAAUGGAACAAAGGUUGACAUUAGCACAAUGCUUGAAGAGGCAGUUCACUAUGUCAAGUUUUUGCAGCUCCAAAUCAAGCUUUUAAGCUCAGAUGAUAUGUGGAUGUAUGCUCCCAUUGCUUAUAAUGGAAUGGAUAUUGCUCUCGACCUGCAGAAGCUCUCUCCACUUUUAUGACACAACAGCAGCAGCAGGAAGCUGUUCUACCUCUUUUUUACCCUUUUCAUUUGUUUCUAGUUGUUAAUUAUUAUCGACAUAUAUAUAUAUAUAUAUAUAUAUGAACAUAAUGAAUGUAUACUAAUUAAUUUAAUUCCCUAACUUUGUAAUGGGGGUUUUUAAGUUAAAUAAAUUCCAGUUUCGAUCAUGAGGAAAAUCCUCUGAUCAGAUUUUUAUGAACAUGUAUGGACUCAGUUGAUCCUCAGCAUUAUAGGGCGGAAAAAUUGUUCAAUGUGCCGAGAAUA